AUGGCUAUCCAGUCAUUGCGCGAAAUCAACGCUUAUAAUCUGCGCACUUUCAAGCGCCACUAUGUCUCCGAGAUCUCUGGCUCGCUUGGCGAUCUAGGCACGUUCCUGCCUAUCGCGAUUGCGCUAGCUAUCAACGGCACUGUCUCCCUCGCCAGCACAUUGAUCUUCUCGGGAAUUUUCAAUAUUUUAACGGGGGUGUUCUUCGGUAUUCCAUUACCCGUUCAGCCCAUGAAGGCCAUCGCCGCAGUGGCCAUCGCGCGUAGUUUCUCAAAUGGCACGAUCGCUGCGGCGGGGAUCUUCGUCGGCGCCUGUAUCCUUGUCUUCAGCUUGACGGGGAUCUUGCACUGGUUCGCCAAUGUAAUUCCCAUUCCAGUUAUCAAGGGUAUCCAAGUUGGAGCGGGAUUAUCCCUGGUUAUCGCCGCUUGCAGCAGCAUGCUCCAUCCCUUGGGAUGGAUCAGCCCUUCCUGGGCCGAUAACCGUAUCUGGGCAGUUGCUGCAUUUGUUGUACUUCUGCUCACCAAUAUUUAUCGCCGGGUCCCUUAUGCGAUCGCUGUAUUAGUGCUGGGUCUGAUCUUUGCUAUUAUUCGGACUGCUCUGGCGGGACAUAUGCCUAGUUUUGAGUUGUGGCAUCCUUUCGCUCUAAUUCCGACCCCGCUUCAAUGGCGCGUCGGUGCUGUGGAUGCUGGUAUCGGUCAAAUUCCUCUUACCACCCUCAACUCUAUCGUGGCCGUUGUUCACUUGGCGCAUGAUCUGCUGCCGAAAGUGCGCACUCCGUCUAUCACCCACAUCGGGCUGAGCGUGGCCGGCAUGAACUUAAUUGGUUGUUGGUUCGGUGCUAUGCCCGUCUGCCAUGGAUCCGGUGGCCUUGCCGCGCAAUAUCGCUUCGGAGCUCGCUCAGGAGCAAGUGUCAUCUUCCUCGGCCUGUUGAAAUUAAUUAUCGGCCUUAUCUUCGGGGAGACCUUGGUUGACCUUCUGAAGCAGUUCCCGGCUGCAUUACUUGGUGUGAUGGUUAUUGCGGCUGGCGCGCAACUGCUUAGCGUGGGCGAAAGCCUCAACACUAGUGGUGCUCAAGAUCUCAGCCAGGCCUGUACUGGCCUUUUGUCAAAUACGGGAGAGCAUAUUGGCCCUGUCCUCUCAGACGAAGAACGCAAUCGCCGCUGGACUGUCAUGAUGGUUACUGUGGGUUUGCUAGUAGGGUUCAAAAAUGAUGCUGUCGGUUUUAUUGCUGGUAUGCUUUGCCACUGGUCUUACGAGAUCCCAGGAUGGUGGGAGAAGGCGCGUAGCCGCUGGUCAGAGGGACGUUUACGUCUAAGUGACUAG